CUAUUGUGGUAAAAAAAAAAAAGAAGCAAACGAGGAAGAAGAAAAGGAUAACAGAGGAGGCGGCGCCGUUUUGAGCGAAGUUUGCUUGCAGCUGCGAACCCUGUUCCCCCAUUCUUCGAAGCCCUUCAGCGCCGUGGAAAACGAAAAGACACUCUCACUCCACUAUGUUCCGCAGAAUCUUCUCCCACCAUCGGGCACUCUCGGCGUGCACGCGCUCUCUCGGUACUCGCCACGCCCCCAAUGUCCCUUCCCGCUCCUUCCCAAUCACCGGAUCAAGGUCCAUUUCUUCCAAAACAUCCCAAUCCAACGAACACGGCAAAUCUAGCAAUAAGGCCAAAAAGGACAUAGCCAGUGUUGAGGAGGAUCCCUUUAAUGCUCCUACUUAUAACAUUCCGGAGAAGCCUGUGACCUUCGUGGAGGGAGCGUCCUACAGUGUUGUCAUUCUCGCUGGGCUUGGAAUCGCAGCUGCGGCCGGAUAUGCUGUUUUCAAGGAACUUAUUUUUCAACCCAAAGAGUACAAGAUCUAUAGCAAGGCUCUCAAAAGAAUUCAAGAUGACGGUCAGGUACGUGUGAGGAUUGGAUCUCCUAUUACUGGUUAUGGUCAGGAGAGUAGAAAUCGAGCUGCUCGCCAAAGAAUUCCUCACAGGGUAUGGACCGAUGAAGAAGGUGUUGAGCAUGUAGAGGUUAAUUUUUAUAUCCGGGGCCCCCAUGGACAUGGAAAAGUAUUCUCUGAGAUGUUCAAAGGUCCAGCUGACAAUGAAUGGCAGUUUACUUACUUGAUUGUUGAGAUUAGAGCACCUUCUACAGCACAACUAAUUCUGGAGUCAUACAUUCCAUCUUACAAUGCAACCAAGUAGCUUAGUUGAGAAAAGGUUGUUUAUUAUUUGGUCCAUUACUGGAGGCAGCAAUUUUCAGCUAUCAGCAUUGACCACCAUAGCCAGUCCAUGUUUCAUAAGAGGAAUGAACGAAAGUUGAAAGAAGGAAAAAAAAAAAAUUAAAGAAAGCCAAUAAUGUGAGAAACUGAAUCCCAAGGUCUCGGGUUCGGUAUUUUUGUUUUUCCAUUUAGAACCUGCAGAUUUGAGGAAAAGUUUUGGGCAAGGAUCUUAGUAACGAUGACCAUAGCAAUUACUUUGUCCUUGACAGCUAUCGAGCGUUACAUCUACCAAUUUAUUGUUAUUGCUUACAAUUCCCACAUGGCUUGGUCUGUGUAUUACAUUGAGUUGCUUGUUGUAGACUGCAAAAUUUUUAAGGACGAAUAUCUAAGGGGAUUGUAGCCAAAAAUGAAAAUUGAUAUGGAUCA